AUGUCAGCGUUUCUCAUGUUACAGGACACCUCACAGGUGAAAAGAAUCCAGAGGGACAAGAAGAGGGUGCCUCGCGCCAAACCCAGAUCCAGCGACUCUACCUCGGUCAGAUCGGACCAUUCGAGCGAAAGCUCGGGUAAGAGAAAGGUGUUGAGAGCCGACCGUCUUCCUAGCGUCGCCAGCUCCACCCCCAGCUCUAGAAACCCCAGUGUCGUCAACUCCACCUUCAAACACCCCAGUUUCUCGUCCACAAGAAACCCUAGCAUUGCCAAUUCCACCACCGCCUACAGAAACAACAGUAUUGCCAACUCUACCCUCGAAGACUACGUGCCUUUGCACGAGCGCAAGAAAAAGGUAUUUGACCUAGACACAUGCUCGUACGUCUACAAGACCAUUGAAUUACCGCCUUUGGAAAUGAAGAUCAGUGAAUUUGAGCAAAAAUUCAUGGCAUUGACCAACGAAUGCAAAUAUCACCAUUUGAACGAGUCCUUGAAUAAGUAUAAGAAGGAUUCAGGCGAGUUAUUGUUUUCGGUAAGAAACGCGCACAUCUUGCGGUACAGUUAUUUUGAAGAGUUCAUAAAUGAUUAUCAAUUGAUCCAAUUAAAGGCCAACCAAUUUAAGAGAAACGGCGACCACAAGCUCAAGUACAUGAGAAAGAUCGCCAAGAUCACCAUGAGAUCCGACGAGGUCAACGGUUUCCCCUCAAUGUUGGCGCCUAUAUCUGCCGAUAACGUGGAUGAGUUGAAGACUGACGAAGAAUCCGAGGAUGAUGAGCAAGACGAAGAAAUGGACAUGAUGUAUAGGUUGAACAAGUUCAGUUUGACUGAACAAAAGCCAGAGAAGAAAGCCUCUGACAAGCCUGCAAUCAAUGUCAGAAUGUUGUUCAAAUCCAACCAGUUCUGGAACAAUGUUUACCAGGACUUGAAAUACGAUUCUAUCCAAGUCAAAUCCACGUUCAACUACUUUGAACUUUUGCCACCAAUCCACCAAACCAUGAAUUUCUUUGGGGAAUUAAUAGACUACUUGCUUUACAACUUGUUCAUAUUGUCGGGCGACCCCACCAAUUUGGAGUCACUUGCUGACGUUCAAACCAUCCAAAAUUACAACUUCUUUUACUACAAGGACUUCAGCUACGAGUAUGUACACUUAAUGAGAGGGGAGCACUUCAAAAUGUACAAUAAUCAAUCUUUGAUCAACGGCAGCAUCAACCACAUGAAAUCGACCGACAGCUUUGGCCGCAAGAAGUCCAACUUUGCGGGUGAAGUGGAUUUGGAUACUCAUCGAGUUUUGAUCUCCAAGUUGAUUGAAACCGUCAUCGAGAACUUGAAGAGUGCCACCUCCAUAAGCCAAUCAACCUCCAACAUGAACGGAUACGAUGAUUUGUUCGGGUUGUGGCGGAGCCUCUUGAAGUUCACGUUGAACGAGUUGAUCAUCGAUGGAAGAGAUGGCGGAAACUCGGCCCUCCAAGGUGUACAAGAAAGAAACGAGACCGAGAGAGAGGACGAAGACGAAACCAGCAUGAUUUUCAAGUACUACGAGAUGUCGAGCUCCAAGUCCAAGUCCAGCAAGAUGAACCGCAACGAGAGCAUCAGCUCCAAGAGCACUGCCAAAAGCCUAGACCAGUCGAUCAUGUCAGGAUCCAGAUUCGAUUCCAUUGCAUCCAGUGUGUCCUCGACCAACUACUACUCGCAAAACGACAUGCAGACCAUCUUGGCUGCUUCCAGCCACAAGACCUCCGACGGCUUCGACGACAUGAAGACCACCAUCUUGCCACCACCCUCUACCACACACAUGCAUGGGGACUUCCCAUCGCCCAAAUCCAAAGGCUUCGCAGCCAAUGAGCCUUCUGCUCCCCCCACACCCUCCAAGAAGAAGAGGCUGAUUUUCAGCAAGUUUAAGAGAGACAAAUCCGCCCCAUGA